AUGCAAGAGUGCGCCAUGCAAGAGUGCGCCAUGCAAGAGUGCAUCAUGCAAGAGUGCAUCAUGCAAGAGUGCGCCAUGCAAGAGUGCAUCAUGCAAGAGUGCGCCAUGCAAGAGUGCAUCAUGCAAGAGUGCGUCAUGCAAGAGUGCGCCAUGCAAGAGUGCAUCAUGCAAGAGUGCAUCAUGCAAGAGUGCGCCAUGCAAGAGUGCAUCAUGCAAGAGUGCGCCGUGAAAGACUGCGUCAUGCAAGACUGCGCCAUGCAAGAGUGCAUCAUGCAAGAGUGCGGCAUGCAAGAGUGUCUGAUGCAAGAGUGCAUCAUGCAAGAGUGCGCCGUGAAAGACUGCGUCAUGCAAGACUGCGCCAUGCAAGAGUGCAUCAUGCAAGAGUGCGCCGUGAAAGACUGCAUCCUGCAAGAGUGCGUCAUGUGA